AUGAGUAUCGGAGAUAUACAUAAAGAAUUAGAUUUGCAAGAACAUUUCAGUCCUGAAUAUUUAAAUAAUUUAGUUGUUAGUGACUCAUAUACUAAACUUGUUGAAAAAUUGGGAAACAAUGCUUGUAGUUUGCUCCUGUUAAACUGUGAUAAAGGAAUGGAGGUUGGAAUAGAUAGGAUGAGCUAUAAAAUAGGUCCAAACUUUCAAGGAAUAAAAAAUAUUCCACCAGGAGUUCACUUUAUAUACUACAGCGUUAUGGGAUGUGUUCCUAGUACCCCAGAACAUGAUUUUGAUAAUUCAAUCCAAGGUUUUUUUGUUAAUUUUGCUCCUGGAGAAGUUAUUAUUAGGCAUUGGUCACCUCAAAAUCGGAGAUUUGAGAAACUAGAUGCAUUGGAAGAUGCCUAUAUUUCAGCUGUAAGACGUGGUGAAUUUUUUGUAUCACUUGCUCCCUAUAUACUUGAAUUAUAUGGAAAGUGGAAUGAACUUGUAAACUUUAUAACACCGGAAAUUCUGGUAAAGUUAACUCCUGUUACAGAGGAUAUUAGACCAUUUAAUGAAGAUACUAAAGUGGGUAAAAUAAGCUUACAAGACUUAAGAUUAAAGCGGAAUAUAGAUAAUAUAUCUAUGGGUGACAAUCAAGUUUUGAACUUAAAAUACAUAAAAAGUGAUAUAUCUACUCUUGAAAAGUGUAAAGAAGUUACAAGUGAUGUAUUGGACCCUUCCUCAACAUUAGUUGUAGAUAAGUCUGCAAAUUUCAAUGAUUGUUUGGAUAUGAAUGCUGGAUCAGGAACAAUUUAUUAUAGCACUAUUCCAUCAAUAAAUUCUCUACCAAAGAAAUUAGGUUUAGCUCAUACUGAAUAUAUUGCUGCCUUAUCAUAUGACCCUUCUCCCAUUUUAGAAUCUAUGAUCUCGCUUGAGUAUGAGGGAAGUUUGAUGCUUAUAUUGGGUGAAAUUCAGUUUACAUUCAUUAUUUUUAUGUAUUGUAGCUGUAUAUCAGCUUAUGAGCAAUAUAGUAAAUUGAUUGAGCUCUUAUCUAAUUGUGAGUCAAUAGUUAUCAAGUAUCCUGAUUUAUAUGUAAAUUUUCUGAAGAUUAUCUGUUGUCAUUUGAGAAUAAUGCCAGAUGAUAUACUUUCGAAUCCCAUAUCACAAAUUAGUAUUGAUGUUCGGGUUUUAGUGAAUCUUUACAAAAUAACUCAAGUAGAUAUUGAUCAAAUAAAACAGCAGAAUCUAGAAAUAUCUAAAUUGCAGAAACUGAAAACUUUGCUUAAAUACUCUAAUCAAAUGAACGAACUCGUAAAAUUCAAAUUCUUCAUUGAUAUUGAUACUCUAGAGCUUAUAUCAGAGGAUGCACCUAUAGUUGUUUACCAAUAA